AUGAGGCAGGCUGUUCUGCAGAGGCUCCGAGAGGAGACUUUGGCGCGGCCGAAGAUGUUGUAUUUCGGUUUGCUUUUCGACAAGGAGGGCAAAGAGGUCGAGCUCAUGCUACAAGAGAAAAUUUACAGCAGUUGGGACCGAGACCCCCACAACCCACAAAGCACACGUGAGCGGGAAAGGGCGCCAAACCCAACGCUGCAGAUCCUCGGUUGGCAAAACGGACAGGUAUUCUUUCCCGAGAGUUUGCUUCAGAAGUUUGCGCAAGGCACCUCGGCCCACAAAAAGGUGGUGGAGAUGAAGGACAAGCUGCUUGCUGACUUUCCAGCUGCAGCAACGGUCCAGGUCAACGCUUCGGGGCGUGCAACCUUGGUUGUUCCCCGUGCUGCCGGCCGACCCAGGGUGGGAAGCAGCCUGUUGACCCAUUGCGAUGUGUCGAGUUGGAGAUCAUCCCAGCAACAAGCUUCACUGAACCCAGGUGUGGGAGAGAACGAACUCAAUGGUUUGGCCUUUCGGCUCCCCGAUGAUUUGGCUCUCGUUCUCACCAAGGACAAAAAGCUCAUGUGCUUGGCUGACUAUUUGCACCAGAUUGCGACUGUGCAGGGCGUUGCUGCAGUGGAGCUGGUUGAUUAUGUCCUUACUCCCAAACAACGGCAGGCCUAG